CUUGCUUCUCACCGUCAUGGAGCCGGACGGGCAUGCGUCGUUCAGCGAAUCCUCUUCGCAAGCGCAGGAGGGACAGAAAAUACGCAGGACAAGCCGCGCUUGUCUCCAGUGCCGCUCCCGCAAGCAGCGCUGCCAUGUCGACCCUGAUAAUGCCGUCGCGCCGUGUCAGCGAUGCAAGGCUGCGGGCAAGGCGUGUUCUUUCGAGACAGAAGCACCGCGUGGGCGAUUCCAUCCAUAUGAGGGGGCGGAGUCCUCGUUCCGCGCCGUAGAGCAGCUUCGCAACGAGCUUGCCAGUCACCGCAAACGCAUCGAAGAGCUCGAGGCGAAGGUCGGUAUCCCGAGCCAUGCGUCCCCCAGCACGCACACAGUCAACGGCGACUACCACGCUGGGAACAGCAGCUCGGCGUCGAUCUCAUCUAGUUCCCCCGUCACGCAGCCGCACGAAAUGCCUCGUGCGCCAAAGCGCAAGUUUACGAUGGACGGGGUGUCGCUGGGCGCACCCAUAGCGACAUUGCGGAAGUUGGCGAACGAGGACGAGGAUGACUACCCAGACACCCCAGCAAUACCACGCAUGCCUCCCCCCACUGACGGCUCCCCAUACUCGAUGCGAGCCCCAUCUCACGCUCGCCCGAGCGCCUUCGGUAUGGAUCCAGUUAGCCAAGACAUCAUCACCGUCGAUGAGGCGCAGAGCAUGUUCGAUAUCCAUUUCGAGAAUUGCCACCCCCUCGCACCCCUACUCAGCGCCCGUACCCAGCGCGAUGCCACUGAAAUACGCCACUACAGCCCCCUCCUCUUCACCACCAUCUGCUCCAUCGGGGCACGCUACUGGCACUGCCAGCCGUCCUCCUCGCAAAGCUGGCUGCACCCGCGAUACCCGCAGAUCAUCGACCAGCUCGACCAGUGCAUCAUGUCUCUCUUUCUGCGGCCAACGUCUGCGGACAUGUGCUUGGAGACGGUGCAGGCGCUGCUGCUCUAUGCGCAGUGGAUGCCGCUCGAGGUGCCUGCGACGGGCUCUACCUCGCUCCCGCGAAGUCGCUUCAACGACGUCUCCGCAUGGUCGAUGAUCGGCCACGCGAUCCGGCAGGCGCUCUUCAUUGGGCUCGAGCGCUGCGUGUACGCGUUUAACGGUACGCAGGAGAUCACGGAGGAGGACAUGCGCCGGAUGCGUGUCUGGGUGAACUUGCUGUCAACUGACCAUCACUUGGUGAUGACGGCACGCCUGCCCAUGACGCUUGACCCGUUCCCGGCGACGAGUGUCGCGCGCACGUUUGGGGGAAAUCCGCUGGCAGAGCCGACCGACCUGAGAUACGCCGGGCUCUGCGAACUCGUCGCGAUCGUGAACCGUGCCGCAAGGCAUAGCGGCGACGCCGCGCUGUGCGCCCUUGAUCCGGUCUCGCUGCAGAAAGCGAACAAUGACCUGGACGAGUGGGAUUCGGUUUGGACAGUCGUCUUCUCCAGCACGCCGGGCUACCAACAGUUUAACACGCAGAUGCCCUUUACGGCCUUGCGCUGGUAUCGCCUCGGGCUGAAUGUGGUCUCGCUGGGACCAGGCUUCUUCAGCCGGCGGAUGUCUGACAAGCGCGAGCCGAUGUCGACCGCGCUACGGACGAGCGUCGACGCGGCGGCCUCGAUGCUGCACUGUUUGUCGGCGGAGGCGGCGCACGCGCCCCUCGGACAGACGCUGCGGACGCUUCCUCGGACACCCCUGACGGUCAACCCGAAGGCGCUGGCGUCCUUCCGCUUCAGCAUCGAUGCCUACUGGGUCACGCACGCCUUUGCGACCGUCUUCCUCGCGCUCGCGUUCGAACGAGGCGCGAUUGACCAGGAGCUCAAUAUCGUAAUGCCCCAGAUGGCGCCGCCGGUGCACCAUCCCCCACACGAGGCGUCCCUGCUGGCGAGGCUGGUCUGUCUGGCAUCGGACAUAUUCGACCACACGGUCGCGCACCCGCCCGCGGCGCACUAUCGCGAGAUCGUCUUCAACACCAAGCAGCUCCUCUUUCAACCCAAGCCGAGCGCAAGCGCGAACCCGCAGACGAACGGGCACGGCGGCGGGGGGCUCGAGGACAUUUUUGCCACAAUCAUGCACGAUGGCUUGGACUGGUCGUCAGAUCCGGCGGGCUGGCCCGGACAGUACGCGGGACCUGUCGCGCCGGGGAUGGCGUACAGCGCAUGAUGCCUCCUGCUGCCCCAGAUGGCCAUGAUCCUUGUCCCCCGAUGGGCCCUUUUUUAUGUUCUCCCGGUUUUCUGCUGUUAUCGUGCUGGCAUCUGUACCGUGUACUGUACUUGUAUACCUGUAGAGCACUCUCUGUACUUGGUUGUUGUCGUCGUGCUUUGUACCGCCUGCGAGGCUGCUCGAAUCGAGCGCGUUCUGUUUA